GGAGCCGAGCCGAACGGAGCCGAGCGGAACGGCCGCCCGAGCGCCCGGGACUCCCACCGCCCGCCGCACUCCCACUGCCCCCGCCGGGCAGCCGCAAUGUGCGGGGGGAUGGCGGCGCGGGGUCCAGGCGGGCCGCGGUGCUGGCAGAACCGCCGGGCGCGGCUGCUGUGCAUGCUGGCGCUCACCUUCCUGUUCUUCGUGGUGGAGGUGGCGGUGAGCCGCGUCACGUCGUCCCUGGCCAUGCUCUCCGACUCCUUCCACAUGCUCUCGGACGUGAUGGCCCUUGUCGUGGCGCUGGUGGCCGUGCGCUUCGCCCAGCGCACCCGCGCCACCAAGAAGAACACGUUCGGGUGGGUGCGGGCCGAGGUGAUGGGCGCGCUCGUCAACGCCGUGUUCCUCACCGCCCUCUGCUUCACCAUCCUGCUGGAGGCCAUCGAGCGCUUCACCGAGCCCCACGAGAUCCAGCAGCCGCUGGUGGUCAUCGCCGUGGGGGUGGCGGGGCUCAUCAUCAACCUGCUGGGGCUCUGCCUCUUCAACCACCACGGCGUCGGGGGCCACGGGCACGCCCACGGGCACGGGCACUCGCACGGCGCCCGGCAGCAGCACCCCCGCGCCGGCCCCAAGUGCGAGCCGCCGCCCGGGGACGGCGAGGCAGCGCUGCACCGCGAGGAGACCAGCACCUUGGUGGAGAACUGCAGCAGCUCCAACGGGGUCAGCCAGGAGAAGCUGGGUGAUAUGAAAGAUGACUUGGCUGACCUACAAGUGAACGGGAAUGCUGGCCAUUAUCCUCUGGAUGAAGAGGAGGUUGAAGAAGACUCUAGUGCGCAACUUAACAUGCGUGGAGUUUUUCUGCAUGUCUUUGGAGAUGCCUUAGGUUCAGUAAUUGUGGUAGUGAAUGCCUUGCUGUUUUAUGGGUUGUGGAAUCCAUGCCCUGAAGAUGGGCCUUGCUUUAAUCCAUGUGUCAAUAGUCAUUGCAUGGAAAAUGCUACUUUAUCCCAAACACUUGGCAGAGCUAACAAGUCUGAGCAAGAGGGCAUUACAGUGGCUGGUCCUUGCUGGUUGCUAUAUUUAGAUCCCGUCCUGUGUUUGAUUAUGGUCUGUAUACUCCUUUACACAACUUACCCUUUACUUAGGGAGUCAGCCCUUAUACUUCUGCAGACUGUUCCCAAGCAGAUAGAUGUUCACUCUUUGAACUCAAAGUUACGUACCCUCGAAGGAGUUGAAGCAAUCCACGAGUUACACAUUUGGCAACUAGCAGGCAGUAGGAUCAUUGGCACUGCUCACAUCAAGUGUCCCGACCCUUCCACGUACAUGAUGGUGGCAAAGCGCAUUAAAGAGAUCUUUCAUGACGAAGGGAUUCACGCAACUACCAUUCAGCCUGAGUUUGCCAGCGUUGGCUCUGAAUCAGGGAGAGGGAAAUGUGAGUUGCCUUGCAGGACUCAGUGUGCUCUGAAGCAGUGUUGCGGAACAGGGGAAGAUAGUACUGCAAAGAAGACAGAAAAAUCUUCGUCCCUUAGUAUUUCUUGUUCAGAAGUUGUCAUUGAAUUUCCAAAAACGAGGAGGACUAAGUCGGAGAGCAUCCCUUCAGUGAAGCUAGAGGCAAACGCCGAUCAAAAUGAGCAGUUUGAGUCAUCUUUGUAACUCCCUUGAACGGUGCUACCUGAGUUGUGGUAACUUUGUCAACAGCUGUGUUGCAAGAGGAAGAGACAGACGUUUGAGAUGCAAUUUUGCCAAGUAGUGUAAUUGCUGAAGUCCUUGUUCUUGUCAUAUUGCUAAAUAUAGAAUGCUUGUUUUAAAGAAUAUAAUGUCACUGUCAUGAUA